AUGGCAGAGGCACCGGCCCAUGACGAGCGCGUCAUCAACGUGGGCACGCGCAAGUCGCCGCUGGCCCUCGCACAGACGCAAAUCGUCGUCGAGGCCCUCGAGGCCCUCUUCCCGACGCAUCGCUUCCCCAUCCACAGCAUGACGACGACGGGCGACCGCGACCAGACCACGGCCCUGUACAACUUUGGCGGCAAGGGCCUGUGGACCUCGCAGCUCGAGGACCAGCUCGUCGCCGGCCACCUCGACCUCGUCGUCCACUCCCUCAAGGACAUGCCCACCACCCUGCCCGCUGGCUGCGUCCUCGGCUGCGUCACCAAGCGCGACGACCCCCGCGACACCCUCGUCAUCAAAAAGGCCCUCGCCGACAAGCACGGCUGGACGCGCCUCGAUGACCUGCCCGCCGGCUCCGUCAUCGGCACCAGCAGCGUGCGCCGCAUCGCCCAGCUCGCCCGCCGCCACCCGCGCCUGCGCUUCAAGGACGUCCGCGGAAACAUCCAGACGCGCCUCCGCAAGCUCGACGAUGACCCGGACAUGGCCGCCAUUGUCCUCGCCGCCGCCGGCCUGCAGCGCAUGGACCUGGGCCACCACAUCUCGCAGUACCUCGACAUGGACAACGGCGGCAUCCUCCACGCCGUCGGCCAGGGCGCCCUGGGCGUCGAGUGCCGCGACGGCGACGAGCGCGUGCUGCGCGCCCUGGCGCGCCUGCAGGACCCCGACGCCGCCCUCGCCUGCGCCGCCGAGAGGAGCCUGAUGCGCACCCUCGAGGGCGGCUGUAGCGUGCCCAUUGGCGUCGAGACGCGCUGGGUCGACGGCAAGCUGCGGCUACGCGCCACGGUCGUGUCGACCGCGGGCACAGAGGCCGUCGACGCCGACGUGACCGAGUCAAUUACCACGUCCGAGGACGCCGAAGAGCUUGGCAAGCGCGUGGCGCUCGAUCUCGUACGCCGGGGGGCCGACAAGAUUCUAGACUCCAUCAACGCCACACGGCCGGCGCCAGAAACGACCGAGUAG